AUGUCGCAGCCAAAAAUCCCAGAUAGGGCCCGCAACUAUAAGGAAGACCCGGCGCCUGUAGCGUCGCAAAAGAUGCUCCGCCGCAUCGACGCCUACAUGCACCCUAACCCUCAGGGUCCGCCACAGCAUCAUUCGCCCUACGUUCAGCAAAUUCAAGGCCCUCCACCACCCCAGCAGCAGCAAGAGGUUCCCUACUAUUCGCAGCACCACCAGAGCCCGUAUAGCGCCAACAGUGCACCGAGUAACUACUCGUCUUCAGAAACCCCAGAGCUCAUGGCGGCCGCAACGAUGAAUCGGGGUGGAUACCCACCGAUCUCGUAUCACACUCCUCAGUCAAACUCACCAGCAUCUGUCCAAUCACCUCAGCAUGACCAGCACGGCAGGCCGAUUUACGGGCAACCACCAAGCCAGAUGCCUCAGUCCAUGUACUACACGCCUUACGGCUCGGCCCCAGUAACCCAACAGUCACCUUACCAACAGCACCCAUCAAGUGCUCCACAGCAGCCAAUGGCGACUCAAUCGUUGCUCAUGUCCCAUCAACAAAACCAGCAGAUGCAACACCAACAUCAGCAGCACCACCCCCAGACUCCAGGCAUGACCGGAAGCCCCAAGUCGCGAAUGUCACAGACACCGCUUCAGAGGCCUCCAUCGGGCCUCGGUCCCCCCCAAGCCCCGCCUCAAGGUCCUCCCGUUGGUACUCCCAACAUGCACUCGGGACCUCCAGGAGGACCCAACGUCAACCCCAAUGCUGCGCCUGGUCCCAUUCCCGCAACGACCCCGCUUGUAGUACGACAAGACCAGAACGGCGUACAGUGGAUUGCGUUUGAGUAUUCCCGUGACAGGGUCAAGAUGGAGUACACGAUCCGCUGCGACGUCGAGUCUGUCAAUGUUGAUGAGCUUCCCCAAGACUUCAAGACUGAGAACUGCGUUUACCCACGCGCCUGCUGCGCCAAGGACCAGUACAAGGGUAACCGCCUGCACUACGAGACUGAGUGCAACACUGUCGGUUGGGCAUUGGCCCAACUAAACCCUUGCCUUCGCGGCAAACGUGGUCUCAUUCAACGAGCCGUCGACAGCUGGCGCAACAGCAACCAGGAUCCUCGAUUGAGGAGCCGACGUGUGCGUAGAAUGGCCAAGAUGACCACGAGAAAAGCCCAGUCGGGUUCGCAUGGCAACCACAUGGCUGGACCAGGUGGCCCAGGUGCUCCCGGUGUGCCCAAUUCAGCGGGAUUAGCCGCACCACCACGACAACCCAACAUGGGCAUGGGCGGUCCUCAGAUGCACCAUCACCACGAUGGUCCUGGAGGACCCCACGGAGGACCGGAUGAUGUUAGCGCCAAUGAGUAUGGUGAAUCGCACACUCAUCAUCACCAAGCACCAAACGGCCAACAGUCACCAACCGACGGGCGCCAGGCGCAGAGCUUCUACCCCAACUUUCCAUCGGGCGACUCGGUAGCAACCGCAAACGGCAUGCCGCCUAUCCACGACGGCUUAAGCCAUCCUCCGCCUCCGUCUCACGCCGCGGGUGUUGCAGUCUCCAAGCAGCAAGAGCAAGAUGAAGAAGAGCGAAAGCUAGCCAUGUUCGGUGACUUACCUGACUCGAAGCGUCGCAAGUUCAUCCUCGUGGACGAUGCGCAACGAGGAACUAGAGUGCGCGUGCGAGUUACGCUUGACACUGUCAAGAUGGAAGAAAUGCCCGACUCGUACCGCAAAUCUAACUCGGUCUUUCCUCGCAGCUACUUCGCCAUGCAAAUGACCUCUCCACCUGCCAGUCCUCGCGGCAGCAAAGUCUUUUCUGACGAGCCUGACGUUGAGGGCGACCCAAGCUUCCCACUAGCCGGCUCUACCAUUGUACCUGUGCCUACUCUCGACGGCGAGACACGUGUUCCCAAGCCGCGUCUGACGCGUGCGAAGCGUUCCAAGGAGAUUACGCUAAAUGAUCUCGGUUACCGCAUGAGUUGGAGUCAGAGCCGUGUCUUCGCAGGUAGAACAUUGUUCCUACAAAAGUCCCUGGAUGCUUAUCGCAACAAGAUGCGAAGCAGCAUGAUGGGUCAAGGUCAAGAUGUUACCCAGGUGGCGCCACACUUUGAGACGCGCGUCGGAAAACGGCGGUGGAACGAAAGAAUUGAGAGAAGCAAGAAGCCCAGGCGCGAGGGCUCUCCUUAA